AUGAGUUCGGAUACCGAUGAAAACUUUGAAAGAUUUAUACAGUAUCUAGAAUUUUUAGGAGACGCUAGAUUUAGAAUUAUCCUAGCGGCAGUCAUUAUUACGGCUGCAAUAGGCAUAUGUAUGAUGGUAAUAAGACUUAGAGGACGUUCUAAAUUAAUCAGCCAAGGGAUUAAAACCAUAGAUAUAGUUGGAGAUACUGGAUCAAAAAGCAUUAAGGCUGAAAUUAACGAUAAAUUAGGCAUAGCAGUUACUGUUUCCACACGUCGCGAACCUUUAUUCUUUGAAGAUGCAGAUUCGAUUAAAGGCUAUCGUUAUAGACUAAAAGCAAUAAACGAUGAAAUCAUUUUAAAUCAGCAUUUACUGAAGCAUAACAGAAGAGUAGCUAGACCAUGGGGUGAUAGAAUCUCCGCUCAUAUUUACUUGUUAGCCAGUACUUAUAAAAAAGCCUUCAAAAAUCGUGGCCAUUUAUGUCGAGCCAUCGCUGUAAAAUAUGAGCAUGCUAGGAACUCAAAACGGCCUUUUACACAAGCAGAUUAUGAAGAAUGGCAAUUGCUAUUGGAUAAGCUAAAGCAAAUAAAAUUAAAAAGCGAAAAGAUGCAUUUUAUCUAUUCCGUUGCACAAUAUGCGUAUCUAAAUUGA